CACAAAGGAGCGGACGUUCGCAAAUCGGACGCACCGAGAAUCCAAGAGAAAGUAAUUAAUUUCAGUUUCAUUCUUCCCAUGAUACAGUUCACUGUUCUGCGAUUUAUAAAUAAACCAGAUUGAUUGGCUUUACGUGCCUAAUAAUAAAACGUUUUCACAACAUUAUCCAGUGAACGGAGUGCAGUUCAGUGGCGUAAAAUAUAAUAACAAACAUGGAUAAAGAGACUGAAAUGUUCGAGGAAGAUGAAUACGUAGACGUGCGAACAUUGCCGCUGAAGCCACCGCUACCGGCGCCGCCUCAAGAGAAGUGCGUGCGUCGUGUUUGGCAUCCUGUCAUGUGGGACAACGCGAACGCUGAUGCGCCUUUGGUUGAUAACUCUGAAGAACAGAAAGCAGCCGAGCGCGCCAGCGGCCGGGAGUACCCGCACAAGCAGCGCAUACGCAACUUGAAGCGAUUGAUUGCGGAGGGAAAAGUCAAGCCCAGUUCCGAAACUGUUAUAUUCUUCUUAUGCAAUAAAUUCGCCAUAUCAGAGGAGAGGCAAUCUAAACUUUCUUAAUAAAAUAACUAUGUAGGUUUUAUAUGUUUAACUAACUAAAAACUAUUUAUAACCUCUAUAUUAAGAAGAAAUUGAGCGUUCAGAUGUUUACUUAGCAUAAUAAUAUUGAAACUUAACUAAAUAAUGGAAUAACAUGUUUUGAAAUAAAUCAACAUGUACUAUAUUUUAAUAACAAAAUUGUUUAAUCACUUAACUAUUUUCCUAGUCUUAUGGUGGAUUUGUAAUUAUUCGUAAACAAUUUUGAAAUAAAUUAAUUAUACCUAGCGUUUAUUUAAAAAAAUAUUUAAACAUUGGAAUAAACAAAUAAAAAAACGUAUUUUUAAAAUACAGGGUUUUGCUCCGCAAUGUGAGGUUCUUUUGCUCCGAUAUUAAUAUGAAUGGACCAAAAUAUAAGUGGGAUGUAAGUAUAAAAGAAAAUAUAAAUUUAUCUUAUUAUUAUUAUUA